CGUCACGUGUUCUUCACGUCAUACGUCAGCGCGAGCUGCCUGGGCGAGCACGUGAGACACGAACAUAUUAAAGCGCGUUACAGUAACGUUAUUAUCCAGCAAACAGUGAAUCUGACGAAACGUUGUUAUAGAGCUGUGACUUAGUUCAAAACAAUAUCAGCCGCGGUCAAGCGGAAAGAGCCCGUGAUAAAACUUUAGCAGGACUGUAAUGAAUAAAGUCCGUCAAUCAAUAUAUUGAUGAUGGAUAAUCCUGAAGAAGAUUCGCUGAACCUGCACGAAGAUGAAGAAAUCAUCGAGGUUAUUGAUCUCAAUGACACAGAACAGACCGCAGAGGAUCUGGCGGAGGAGCUGGAGGACAUAGAUUUCUCUGAGGCUGGGAAUGCUGGGAAUGCGGAUGAUGACGGAUGGGAGACGGAGGAUGAGAUGGAGUCUGAGCAGGAUGACAGUGAACUCACCUUCUCCAAACACACGGGUUCUGUCUUUUGUGUCAGUUUGGACCCAGUGAGCAACAGUCUCGCUGUCACCGGCGGAGAGGACGACAGGGCAUUCGUGUGGAGCGUGUCUGAUGGAGACGUGCUGCUUGAAUGCACUGGUCACAAGGAUUCUGUCACAUGUGCUGCGUUCAGCUGCGACUCCAAGCUGGUGGUGUCUGCUGAUAUGAGCGGUCUCAUUAAGGUCUGGAAAGUGGAGAACAAGGAGGAAAUCUGGUCUUUUGAGGUUGGAGACCUGGAAUGGUUGGAGUGGCACCCCUGCGCUCCGGUCCUGCUGGCCGGAACGGCUGAUGGGAACGUCUGGAUGUGGAAGAUCCCGAGCGGAGAGUGCAAGACCUUUCAAGGGCCCAGCUGCCAGGCGACCAGCGGGAAGAUCCUUCCUGACGGAAAGAGAGCAAUCGUGGGCUACGAGGAUGGAAGUUUACGUCUGUGGGACUUAAAACAAGGCAAUGCCGUUUAUGUCAUCAAAGGUCAUGAUGGUCAUCAGGGAGCGCUGACCUCUAUAGCGUGUAAUAAAGAGGGAACGCUGGCUCUGACGGGGUCAGUGGAUGGUCAGGCUAAACUCUUCAACACAUCCACAGGGAAGGUGUUAUGCUCAUUGUCCAAUGAAAACAGUGAAGCUAAAGACUCUAUGCAGGAGCAGGAUUCCAGCUCUGUAGAAUCUGUGGGAUUUUGUAAUGUGUUACCCCUAGUUGCUGUUGCAUAUCUGGACGGCACCCUGGCCAUUUAUGAUAUGAAUUCACAGAGCCUCAGACAUCGGUGUAAACAUGAGGUAAAGUGUGUGCACCUGCAGUGGGAGGAAGCGUCUGCAGUCGUCUACACCUGUAACCUCGCUGGUGUGGUCACUCUGUGGGACGCGAGGUCAGGAGUCAUGAUGUCAGAGUACCGCGGACACUCGGCUGAGAUCCUUGACUUUGUGCUGAACAGAGACGCGUCAGUCGCCGUCACCGCCGGAGGAGACCAUCAAGCCAAAGUGUUCUGCCUGCAGAGACCCGACCGGUAGAGAACGUCUUCAUCUGGAUCCCAUUAGACUUCAGCAACUGCAAUACACACUGUCACCUGUAAACUGCAGCUUUUUAAAGUUUUAACAGAGCUGUGCUGUUCUGUCUUUGUCAUUCUUGUCAUGACUGUGUAAGUCUGACAGAGCGAUUGUUCUUGUCUUUUGCUUAGGCUACAUACAGCUGUAAUUGGGAUGUCGCAUACAUUAUAUGGCCAAAAUUAUGUGGGUUUUAUCUGUUCUAGGAUUGUUUAUAAAGACAAAUCUCAGUGCUUCACCAUACAGUUACAUUCUCGAGAAAUGCGUGCCAGACGUUGAUGCAGUCUGUUGCAGCGCUGUCAUGCUGAAGUAGAAAACGACCUUCCACAAACUCUGAAGCACAUGUUUCUAUAGAGUGGCACUGUAUGGUGAAGCAUUGAGGUUUGUCCUCACAGAAAUGACUGAAAUAAUUACACUCAUUAAUCAGAAUGGAAUGUCUACACUCGUUUGGCCAUGCAGAGUAUAUAAAAUUCAGUUCCAAUAAGUUCUUGGUAAAAAUGCACACUUAAUCAUAGGUUCAGAUUUCUAAACCAUUCAACUGGAUGCUGGUCAAGGAACAGCUUUUGUCAUUCUUCUCCAAGCAUUAGCUGUAAAUCAUUAGCAGUGACACAAAUUCCCAACUGCCUGUGGACUGUCUUGGCAAAAGUUCAGUGCUGAAUGAAUGGCCAUACGUUCUGUUGUGUUUAAUCAAUGUCAUGUUGAAACAACAUGAGUGCUGUCAACCUUAAUUUUCUUCCUUUGUAACAAGUUACAAGAAUGUUUGAAAUGUGAUGUGUGAAUAAACACCAGUGACGUUAAACCAGCUGAGAGGUUGAAUGUUUUCCAGUGAAUCCGCUCCAGGGGCUCGUCCCAAUAC